AUGACCACCCCAAACACGCCCUCUCCCUCCCUCCCAACCUCCCCUUUCCCCGCCUCCGCCUCCGCCCCCGCCCCAACAACCAGCAGCAGCCACAAACCCCCCUCCAUACCAACCCGCAUCCCGGACCUCCUCCCCUCCACUCCCCCCCUCCCCCUAACCAUGACCUCCUCCCUCCUGCUCACCCAUCUCCCGCACGACUCCUCCUCCGCCCUCGACCACGCAUUUGUCUUCCCCACUGCAAAAAUCACCGUUCGAUUUCAACCAAUUGGGUCUGCGCCCGUACUGCAACGGCCCGUUUCGAAAAUUAGUUCGAGUCAGAGGUUUGAGACUGUGGUUGCUUAUUUGAGGAGGGUGUUGAAGUUGGAUCGGGGUGCUGCGGCGGGCGAGAGUGUGUUUCUGUAUGUUAAUAGUUGUUUUGCGCCGAGUUUGGAUGAGGUGGUGGGGAAUUUACAUAUGUGUUUCAAGGAUUCCAAGGACCAGCUUAUCGUUACCUACUCGAUGACACCUGCAUUUGGAUGA